UAAAACAUGUGUCUUACCAUAUUCAUUAUACCAAUCAGAGCAUUCAAUAAAUUAAAGUGACCAAUCAACUAGUCUCAUGUCUCGAACAUAGAGCUAAGACACUGUGUCUUCGUUAAGAUACAUGUCUUGAGUUUUUACAUUCACCCUCCUAAAUACACUUUAAGACACAACUUAAGACACUCAUUGUACAUGCCCGUAGUACCGUCCACAUUGCUGCAACUGCAAAACAACAAUUCAACAGUUCUUGAAUCCCUAAACUAAUGAUGAUGAUGUUGCUUGGGCCCGUGCAGUACAGGGCCGUCUCCAACAACCGCCGGAAUGGCGAUCCAAACAACCAAUACCCUCCCUGGUUCCUCUUCAGUCUCACUCGCACGGUCUCACCACGGCACCACCAGAGGUCCGAUAUAGCUCACCUGCUGCGAACAGAUCGUUUGAAGAACGGCGACACGGGUGCCCAGUCCCAGCUACGUAGUGGGUAGAAGAGGAGGCCAGGCCAGGAGCUUGUCAGCCUCGUGUUCCCCCCUCUCGCUCGCUCCUGCUGCCUGCCUGUGCCUGCCUCCACACCCCUGGCCUUGUGCUUCGUGCGUGCGUGCCUCUGCCUCCCUCCCUAUAAGUACACACGCCGCCUCCGUCUCGGACACUUGCAGAACCAUCCAUCACUAGUUGAGUGGCCUGCAAAGACACGUACGCACGGCACGCGACCACAGCAGCAGCUGGUCUGAGGCAGCUAGCUUGGAACCACAGGACGGCGCGAUGCAGAAGCGCUGGAAGCCGAGAGACGCCGCUGCCGGUGCUUUCAGCAUGGCGCUGGAGCUGGUGGACGACGAGGACGACGCGGCGCCGCCGGCGAUACCGCCGCCGCAGACGCCGCUGGAGCCCAUGGAGUACCUCUCUCGGUCGUGGAGCGUGUCGGCGUCGGAGAUCUCCAAGAUCCUCGUCGCCGGAGGCAACAAGCCCAGCAGCGUUGCCGCCGCGGCGUGCCGCCUUCCGGAGGCGGCUAUGUCUAUACCGGAGCAGGCGCCUGUGCUCGCCACGUCCUCCACCGUCCAUCUCCCGUCUCCUCAGCAGCAUAGAGAUGCGAGGAGGUACUCCACGAGCGGCGGCCACCACCAAUCGAUCGGCAGGUGGUUCCAGCAGGCUCACCACAGGGAAACGUGCCGGGCGAAGCAGAGCGGCAAGGAGAAGCAGCGCGCCGAGAAGGCCCACGUGCACGCCAUGGUGUCCGUGGCCCGGGUGGCGGCCGCGGUCGCCGCCGUCGCGGGCUCCGGCGACACCCAGACCCAGGCCACCAAGAUGGCCAGGGCCAUGGCGUCGGCCACCGAGCUGCUAGCCUCCCACUGCGUCGAGGCGGCCCAGCACGCGGGCGCGCGCCACGAUCAGGUGGCUGCCGCGGUGCAGGCCGCGGUCGGCGUCGGAAGCCCCGGCGAUCUGGUCACGCUCACGGCGGCCGCCGCGACCGCUCUGCGAGGAGCGGCGACGCUGAAGCAGAGGGUGCAGCGAGAGACGGCGAGGAGCAACGCGAGCGUCCUCCCGUACGAGAGAGGGAGUUCGUGGAGCCCGGACAUCUGGUGCAAGGAGGGGGACCUGCUGAAACGCACGAGGAAAGGGGGUUUGCACAGGAUAAGAGUAUCUAUCUACAUCAACAAGAGGUCACAGGUGAUACUGAAGCUGAAAAGCAAACACCUUGGAGGCGCGCUGUCAAAGAACAACAAGAGCGUGGUUUACGGCGUGUACAGCGAGCUUCCGACGUGGGCUGGGAAGGGCUCCGUAGAGGAGACAUGCUGCUUCGGCCUUAGCACCGCGCAAGGUCUCGUGGAGUUGGAGUGCGAGGGCAGCGCGAGCAAGCGGAAGUGGGUUGACGACGUGCAGAGCCUGCUUCGUGAGGCGGCUCUGCAUGGCCAUGGUCAAGUAGGGAAUGGAAUGGGACUAGUAAAACUCAGCUAGUGCAGCCUCAGUAUAUCCACUUUCAUGGUAGCAGAUUGGUCGUGCUCUUGUUUGUCACUGACUUACACGCUAUACCACAUACUAUGUAAUGAUGACAUUUAUACGGAAUAUUUUUAUAUGUUUGUAAAAAAAACUCAGUUAGGAAAGACCGUCCUUCUGGUAUUAAUUUAA